CAUCAAAGCAUCAAAAAUUUCGAGGCGGACGUGUUGUACACAUUAUUGAAGUGGCUGGUUUUAUUUAUCAAAUAAAAAUCGUCCGCAAUUCCAUUAAAUUAUAAUCAUACUAGCCACUAAAGCCGCCGAAUCAGAUUAGUCUAACUGGAAAUCGAUUUUUCCAAUUUUCACAAAUUUUGACGAAGCAAAGAAAAAUCUCCGGUUUCAAUACACGCAAAAAUGGUUUCAAUACUUUGGCCAAUGGAAGGCAUUUCAAUUUUUAUUAAUAUUUAAAUGAGUUGGAACCUAAGAACAUUGGCUAUGGUAUGGAACUUGUAGCGACUUAGGCAUAAUUUGUUAUUGUGGUGCUGAAUCUUUUAACUAUAAACACAUACGGUAUCGCUGCCGGACGUUCACUUUAACGUAGAAUAAUUUAUUGAUCAAAUUAAACGCGAAAAUGUCGGAAGGAGAGUGCCCCAUGUCGAAGCGAAUGAAACUCGAUUCGGAUGCGGAUGAGAGUAAUUUGGCACAUUUCGAUGUUAUUGACGAGGUUCAAGGUGACGGCAGUGGAUCCGAAGGAGGGUUUGACGAUGACUCCAGCGAUACGGAUUUGAAUGAUAACGAUAUUGAGAACAUGCUGAACGAGGGUUUGCCAGAGGAACUGAAGAACAAAAAAGUGGAAGCGCAGUACGAUGAGAAAUUUAAAAUCGUUUUAGAAGAAAAGGGACAGAAUCAUUUCGAAGUUUUGCCGGAAGGAUGGGUGAAAGUCACGCACAAUAGUGGAAUUCCGUUGUAUCUACAUACGCAGGCUCGUGUCUGUACCGUAUCUCGUCCGUAUUUUCUCGGUCCUGGCAGUGUUCGGAAACACCAAAUUCCAAUCACGGCGAUACCGUGCCUUAGCUACAAAAAAGCCUUAGAGAAGGAAGAACAAUUAGCGGAGAAUAAUGACACCGUUGAGACUGCAGUCAAUGGAAUUGAUGAUUCGAAUGUGGACGGCGAAAAUUCUGACGAACCGAAACCAAUAACAACCAAUGCCGUCAUCGAAACGGUGAAAGAGAAUCUGGAAAAGCAAUCGUUGUCAGCCGAACAGAUCACGGAAUAUUGCAAGAAACUGUUCCAUUUCAAGGAGAUUCGUGUGAUGCGCUUUAAAUCGUGGCAUGCUCGCCGGAAAUUCACGAAAAAUAAAAAACACAUCAAGAAUUUACAGCGACCAUCACUGCCCGAGGGGACCAAAUUAAUUUCCUUUCCCAUACACAACACCGACGGUCAGAAUCAGAGUUCUCGUCACGGUCGCGAAUGGAUCAUGAAUCCGAAUGGUAAAAGUUUUGUCUGUAUUCUGCAUGAAUAUGUCCAGCAUGCGUUGAAAAAGCAACCGACCUAUGAAUUUAAGGAAAUGGAAAACGCGGCUACACCAUAUUCAGCCACAGUUUCGAUAAACAAUUUAAAAUAUGGCACCGGUUACGGCACCAGCAAAAAGCAGGCGAAAAGUGAAGCGGCUCGCGAAACCUUAGAAGUAUUAAUACCGGAAAUGCGUGACAAAAUCACCGGCGACAAUAAAAAUCCGAAUAAGCAAAAGUUAUACAAAGACCUGUCGGUGUUCGACGAGAUUCGCAUCGAAGAUCCUAGAGUUACCGAAUUCUGUGCCAAGACCACGGAACCGUUGCCACAUUCGAUUCUCCUGACAUGUCUUCAGCGGAAUUUCGGUUUGGCAGACAUUAAAAUUGACUACCAAGUCAACACGACGAAGCACAAGAAAAACGAGUUCAAAAUGACAGUCGGCAAGCAUACAGUGAAUGUGGUGUGCAAGAACAAGAGGGACGGAAAGCAUCAAGCGUCUCAGGCUAUCUUACAGCUUCUCCACCCGCAUAUUAAAACCUGGGGCUCGUUACUGCGACUGUACGGCAAUCACUCGGUGAAAAGCUUUAAAGAAAAGAAACAAGAGGAACAAGAGAUAACGGUUCUGCAGAGCAAGGCGGCCAUCAAUCAACCGAACUAUGCGAUCCUGGAAAAGCUCCAACUAGAAAUGUCCAAAGUGAAAGACUGUCGUGACGCAAUCAAGCCGAUUGGAACGUUUGUGCCGUCGCUGGAAGAUCUGCCAAUUGCUUCCGGUUCGACUUUAAAUAAUGUUUUAUUGUAACAACGUCACUCUCUUUUAUGUACUUUUAAUUGAUUUUUAAGACCGUAAAUUAUACUCUUCACAUGGUG